AUGUAAUAACAAUCCUCACCUAAAAGGAUAAUGGAAAAAGUAAUUUAAUAUUCAUUUCAUUUUUAGAGAGGUUCUAUAAUUAAGCAACCAAAUGAUUCACCUACAAUUAGUCCUUCUUAAUUGAUUAAAAUGAAUUCUAUUGAUGUACAAAAUCAAAAUCCUUUAGAAAUUAAGAUGGUAUUACUUAUAUAUAAUGGAAGUUUAAAGUAGAGAGAUAGAACCCAAGAACAGGUAAUUUAGUAGCAGAAGAUCAUGAGGAUGAUUUAACUUAUUAAGGUGAUAUUCCAAAAAAAUUAGAAUAAAAAUAAAAGGGAGAUUUCUAAAAAGAAUAUUAAAUGGCUAAAGUUGAUUAAUAAAGAGAUUCUUAUAGUCCAGACAAAUCUAUGACUAAUUCUUUAACUACAAGUGCUUAUCCUAGUAUCAUAAAGAACUUUUAGUUUUAAUAAGUACCAGACUUUCUUACUUCACCUAUUUAAUAAUAAGGAAUAGUUUAAUGUGCUUUUUAGAUUAAUAAAUCAGGAUUUAAUACUUUUAGACCAAAGUUUUAUUUUUUAAAAGAUAAUUAAUGUUAUUUGGCAGCUAAAAAGGUAGGAAAUAAAUAUUUGAUAAGUGCAGAUAAAGAAAAUAUAGAAAGAAAAUCUCCACAAUUUGUAGGAUAAGUUAGUUGUAAGAAAAAUAAUUAAUAUUACUUUUAUGAUACAGGAUUAAAUCCUAAAAGAAAGAAAGAACCUUAUAGAAAAUGUCUAGGUGAAUUGUGUAUUAAUGCAGUUCCAAAAGCCAAUGAACCUAGAUAAUAAUGUGUAUAAAUUUAUUUUAAAUUUUAGUUUAAAUUUAAUAAUGAUAUGAAUAAUGAAUUUGUUAAUAGAAAACCUAAAUGGGAUCCCAAAUUAUAAACUUUUAUUCUUAAUUUUUAUGAAAGAGUUAAAAUUUCUUCAAUAAAGAAUUUUUAAAUUGUUUUAAAGGAUGAAAUACCUGAAAAAAUAUAUUUAUAAUUUGGUAAGUGGGAUAAACACUAUUUUAAUUUAGAUAUAGCAGCACCAUUUAGUCCUUUAAUUGCAUUUAUGAUUGCAUUAAGUAAUUAUGAUCAAAAAUUAUAAGUUUGA